AACCUGUGACAUCAUCACUAUGUUGUGCAAAAAUUGCUUCAAGCUGGCAGAGGCCUAUAGCUGCAACAGGUAAGGUUACUGAUAAACUUGACGUGGAAAAUUUGGCAAGACUCAACGGAAACACUGGUUUUCUGAAAGAAACGAGAAUGGGAAGGAAAUUGAGCACCUCUCUCUUCAACAAUUCAAGUUUCUGAGGAUUAUGUCGGAAAAUUACAUGUGAUCCCAUCAGCUUGUGUUAAACGCUGGAUGUUGUUUAGCAAGUAAAACUGAAAAUGAGUCACGAGGGACAGGAAAAUCAAGGAACGGGACUGGGAGAUGUCUUUGAUAUUCUCCUAAAGGCACCUUCGGAGCGACUGCUAAGCCUGACUCUCCAGCUGGGUGAGACUGCCGAAGACAGUAUAAUACAAGCUUUGUGUCUGAUCGUUCUCCAGAGAGAGACGCAGGCCAUGAACAAACUCCAGAUGCUGGGGGACAACUCCCUCGCUAACCAUCUGGCUGAAAAAUGGCAGACGAGCGAAGGCAAAUUGCAAGAUUUUGCAGUUCAUUGUGGUCAUUUUCAAGCCUUGACAGGGGACUCUUUGGCAGCACUGGCUCGAAUUUUUAAAGUUUUGUCAGAGCAGAGGUUGUGUGAUCCACUUUUAAGAAAUCUUGCAUAUAAAAGAGCCAUUUCCACUGAUUGCCAAAGCACAAGCAACUGUGAGGAUGUGCAAUAUGAUCAGUUCAGAGAGGAAGCCAAAGCUGUCUGUGGGCCUCAGGUUGCAGAAUGGAUGAGCUCCUCCACUGAAGUCAAGUCAGGGUCUUACACUGAUACCGACAGAAGCCUGAAUGAAGGAAAUACAACCUUAAAAGUUACUAUGUCCCAGGAUCCGUCUGCAAACACACACUGUCUUCCCAGUCCUCUGCAGGCCUGCCCCUCAAUGCCCUCAUACCCCACUCAUCUAGAGAUAAGUAUUCCUCCAACAAUCUCAUUUCAGGGCGACAAAAUAGCUCCAGCAACAUCAGGAAAUGCCAAACAAAACAUUCCCACCCCCCUCUUAAGUGAAAGUGGAACAAAUAUUGCACCUGGACAAUCUUUGUCAUCUGAGCCUCAGUCUAAAUCCAUCGAAUCUCCUCUGUUGGGAGCAAAGAAAGACUCAAGGAUGAGUGAAACAUUAGCAGCAAUGAGCAGUAAGUCGGACAGUCAGAGCUUGACUACAAGCCAAACAAACAAACCAAGCACUGAACCAAAAUUUGCACUACCUUCUGCAACAAACAUUUUUCUGCCCAAGACGCCAUUUCCAAAAGCAAUACACGAGAGCAGCAAAGUUGCAGAGGAGGAGGAAGAAGUGUUUUAUGCAUUUGUUAUCUUGCAUGCUCCGGAGGAUGUGGAUGCGGCUGAAUGCAUGAGGGAAAAACUGGAAAAAGUCACAAGCAGUGAAGGUGCAACUUUCUCUGAGGACUUUGCCAUCCCUGGAAAAAGCACUCUGAAGUGUGUGGAGGACGCAAUCAACAACUCAGCCUUUACCUUCCUGCUGCUUACCUGUAACUUCAACACUCGCAUGCUGGAGAUGAAGGCAAACUCUGCCCUUAUCAACUCCAUAAACAAGAAACACAAGUACAACACUGUUAUCCCUCUGCUGCCGCGGGAGAACUGCAUGCCCAGACAGUGUAUCCCUCUACCUCUGCAGACAAUAGUUCCACUCGAGGAGAACAAGAGCUUUGAGAGAAAAAUACAAAAGUCAUUGUCUCCAGCAAGAAUUGGAAAGCAGAGACGAAUCUGGACGGAGGAGCAGAGACUAAAAUCUCAGAUGGAGAGACUAAAGUUGCAGGAAAAAGACAACUUGACCGUUUUGAUGGAACGACAUCUUCUUCUCAAUCCUGGUGGGACAACAGAACAGGCAGGAGGUGACGGCAAAGCCUGGUGGCCGCAGCAACCGAGUAUUCAUAUUGAGAAUGCUAAGUACAUUAUGAUCGGUAAUGACUCUCAAAUGACUGUAGAUUUAGGUGGAAACUCAGACAAAGAUGAUUCAAUUUACACAGGGAAUGAGCAAUAAAUGUGAAGAUGAACAUCAGUAUGCAUUUCUGAUGUUGUAGGAUCAAUGGAUGUGUGGAAAAUCAAAGAAUGUUUACAUAACACUAAAAUAUAAAAGCUAUAAGAACGGAUUGUUUCACUGUGUUUAAACUUGCUGGUAAGAAUAAUUUAGGUUCAAUUAAACUGACAAAAGGGCAGUUAAGGACUAUGUAGAAGACACUGUAACAAAAAGAUGUAUUGAGCAGAAUGGGAUGUUUUGCAGUAUUUUUAGUAGAGGACUGCCAUCUACUGACUGAUAGCUGAUAUAGAUUUUAUGACCUCUUUUGCUGUAUAAACACACUGUGGGCACUAGAGAGCAACACUGCUACAUGGUACUUCUUGCCCUGCACGGAUCUUCCUGAUGUACAGUAAUAGCCAAUAGCAUUGCUGUCCUUUGAUUUGACAUGGAAUAAUCAUUAAAGUCCAAUAUUUUCCAUAUCCAGUGGCCCAUAUGAGUGAAGGCAGGUUUUAAAAGUAUCAGAUUUGUUGAUCAGAUUGCAUUUGUGGUGGUUGAAAUGAUCUCCAAAAUAUGAUCUUUUAUAUCUAAAGCUUUUAGUGUCACAUCAUUUGGAAUUGUGUAGGUUUCUUACUAAUCAGCUCAGGUCCAUGCUAAACUAGGAUCUUCCCACGAGCCAAACGGCACCCUGAAGUUCUCAGAUGAGCUGCUUUUAAUAGUUCAGACAAAAAAAGAAAAAACAGGACAAGCAGUGAAACAAACGACCUAAGGAGAUGGAAUGAACGUCUCCAGUGUCUUCCUUAAACACACUUAAGAGACUUAAUUUCUUAUCAAUUUUGCUUACAUGUUUACAGCUACUGUCUGUUAAGUUUUGCUGUAAUUUUGUUGUAUAGGUUGUUUCUUAUUUUUGUGUAACGUUCUCCGAUGCACUGUGUGAACAAGUAUUGGAUGGUACUGUAAGAAUGAUCUUUUGUCCCAUCCCCAUGUAUGAGAAUGCUAUAAGUGAUGUCUGUCCAUAGAUUAGUGCUGAUGUAUUUCUGUGGAUGUGCAUUCUUGCUCCUGAUUUUAUCUGUAACUGAUCUGCAGUUGGUGGUGGAAGAAAUAUUCAAUACUUUGGUAACGUACCAACAUCAAUAAUGGAAAAAAAAAUCCAUUGCAAAUAAAUAAUUUUAUAAUCAAA